AUGGACUCUAACAAUAUGCUUGACAAUCGAGGUUAUAAAAAAUUUCUUUUCAUCGGCUUCGGUGUUUGCAUACUAAUUACAGUUAUUUACAUUAUUCAACGUCCGUCUUCAUUAGAAAAUCGAAUUGAAACUUUACCUUUAUCAUCAUCGAGUUGUAAACAUGUAACAAUCGAAGAAUUGAAUCAAUGGUUUCAUUCUCAAGUAUGGAAAGACAUUCCGAAAAUUAUCCAUCAAACAUGGAAAAACCGAACACUACGAGAACGACAAGCACAAUGGAGUCGAACGUGGUGUGAACAAUACACAGACUGGCGAUAUCAUCUGUGGACUGAUGAAGAAAAUGAAGAAUUUGUCCGAACGAAAUUUCCAUGGUUUUAUCCGACUUACAAACAAUUAUCACCUGCUAUUCUUCGAGCGGAUAGUGUACGCUAUUUGUAUAUGUUUUACUACGGCGGACUCUAUAUGGAUUUAGAUUAUGAAUCGAUUCAACGGGUGGAUCAUUUAUUUCGAAACAAAUCGGUUGUUCUUUCAUUGAUUAACUAUUCGUUUCAAACUAAGAAUAGCGUACCGAACUCUUGGAUGGCUUCAAAACCUGCUCAUCCCAUGUGGACUUAUGUUUUACAUCGAAUAAUGUUACUAUGGUCUCGUGUAACAGAUAAAGAACGAAAUGAAUUUUGGAAUGGGAAAGCAGAGUUUUUCACUGGACCACAAUCACUCUUCGAAGGUUUAAUGUUUUAUAUUCAAUCGAAUCAGUAUACUGACAAACCACUGGAUCAAUUGUUAGGAGACGAACGAAGUCGAACUUCAAAUGCAACAUUGGAUGCGGCAGGUAUAACAUUUCUUGGGCCGAAAUUAAUGAAUGCAUAUGACUGGAUGAAUGGAAUCGGGACAGAUGUGUGCUCAGCAGAACGACCGACAUUUAACGAGAUGCAAUGUAAAGUAAUUGUUCAACCGAUUUAUGGUAUUACAUAUUGGUCGCAUUCCUAUGGACAUGGACAUGAAAAUGAUCCGAAUUAUUUGCAAAAGAAAGGACCUUAA